AUUAGCAGUAUUUGUUUUUCAGGAUGAAGAUGAAUGGAAAGAAUUCGAGCAAAAAGAAAUUGAUUACAGUGGACUCAGAGUUCAAGCAAUGCAGAUAAGUGAAAAGGAAGAAGAUGAUAAUGAGAAGAGAGAAGAUCCAGGGGAUAACUGGGAAGAAGCUGGUGGUGGUGGCAUAGAAAAAUCAUCUGGUCCUUGGAAUAAAACAGCUCCUGUUCAAGCACCUGCUCCAAGUAUUGUUACAGAAACCCCAGAACCAGUUAUGACUGGUGGUGUAUACAGGCCUCCUGGUGCCAGGGUGACUUCAACGAGGAAAACACCACAAGGACCACCAGAAAUAUACAGCGAUACACAGUUCCCAUCAUUGCAGUCCACUGCCAAGCAUGUAGAAAGUCGGAAGUAACUAAACUCCAGCUAACGGCCAUGAACAACCACCCGCCUUGUGAUGUCUGCCGGAUCUCCUGUAGCACACGCAGACUGUUUGACAUCAGCAAUCGGCUGAACUGCUGCCCUGUGGAAGCUUAAAGUGUUGUACACCUUUGGAUGUGAGGGGAUUCUCAAUGUUAUAAAUUGCUUGAACUAGAUUCACCAGUGUUCUUUGAUAAUUACUCUGCCAAAAAAAAAACCAAACAAACAAAACAAAAAAAACAAAAACCUGCAGCCAGUGGUCAUUUCGAAAUCUUUUUAUGUUCAGAUACUGAGCCUUCGUAAGGGUUGACUACCUCAGAUUUGCUGCACUCAUUGUGGACACCAUGUGGAUCACAACUUCUGGAUAAGAAGGUUACAGCUAUUAAGUGGUGAUGUGAAACUUGAAACCAGCUCUACUGGAUUCCUAUCAGAAAUCCUGCAAAAGUCAGCGAUUUGGGUUCUGAUCUGCUAUAAAUGACAAAGAUUUAAGUGACCUUAAUUAACCUGUCCUGGGCCCCAUCCUUAGGGAAUACUUUCUCUAGUAGCUGUGGCUAUACACAAUUUUUCCUGAGACAUACCAGUACCACUCUCAAAGAACUGUUCAAAUAAACCCAUGCAGAGCUGUGUGGUUUUUUUUUUUAACCCUUUAGCUGUAGCCAUAUUCUGAGGUUACGAGAAACUUCAAUUUAACCACACUUUGAUGUACAAAGUGGGAUUGGGGGGGUGGGGUAGGGGUUGAAUGGUCCAAUUUCUUUUUAGCCAUUUUUAUUUGGAUAGCACAUGUGUUGUAUUUUCCGCCAACAAGGCCUUCCUUGCUUUGACUUAGAAUCUAAGUUCUUUGAACAGAGCAUAAUGUUUGGUUGAGUAACUUGAAACAUCUGUUAAGAGGGAUUGUGAAAUAAGUUUCAUAACCUGAUUUCCACCCCCAAGGGGCUGGAACUCCAUAGCCUUUAAAGAGCAGUGGAUGCCAAGGCUUGACUUCAGGUGCUGCUAAAGCCUCUAAUCACCAGGUCUUUAACUUGUACAGUAUGUAUUUGACAAGAGUACUGGUAUCUAGCAGGUGGGAUUGAAACCUUUUUUUACUACUAGAGUAGAGGUAUUCAAUCACCUGUGAGUUUAUUUUUUUCAACUCAAAACAACAUGAGUAAAUCUUAAUCAGAAGCUUGGUGGGUGUGCAAAAGCUUUCCUGAUGUUUCACAUGUACUGACCAAUUGUGUGGUGUUUGACGAGACUCUCAGAUGCCACACUUAUCCCCAACCUUUUCAAGGUCAGGAUGCUUACUGCUGCAGUGAUUAUACUGACUAGCUCUGUUGGAUUGUCUCUGGCUGUUCAGUGGUUUGGGGGUGGGGUAGGGGUGGGGGGAAAGAAUGGGGCAAAAGACAGGUGACAUAGCACUUCAGUUUUCAGUAACUCCAGGUUAAACAGUCCAGUAACUUAGUCCUUAAGUGGGACCUGACAACCACCCACAGUUAUUGCCUAUGGUGUGAAAGUUUCAUUCCAUCUAAUCAGAUUCUGUUUCAUCUUUGUUAGUUUUGUCAUUUUGAUUCAGUACAAAUAUUGCAAAGUGGUAUGUGACCACUUGAUGCACAGAGUCUGGGUUUCUCUAUAUUACAUUUCAAUGCCAAAUUCAGGAGUUGCAGACUUGCCAUUGACAAGAGUGGAGCAAGUAGGUGAGUAAAACAGUCUCCUUGAUGUGAAAGAAAGCAGCAGGUUCCCUCGUAGGGGUUCAGAUGCCGAAAUCCCCUUCUGACUCCUAGAAGGGCUCCUGACAGUGUUUCUUGGCAGCCCCUGCCAGCUCCCUGGCCUCUUAGAGAGGUGUGCCUGGACAAGUUGCUGAGCCCAGAAGGAGCUGGGUGUUCAAAAGAGGAACUGAAGACUUCAUUUGGGAACCAAAAACCUUAGUAAAAGAAUUAAAUAGAAUUCUUGGACUUCGAGCCAUCUAUUUUCCCUGAAAAGUAUGCAUCUUUGCCAGCAGUGUCUUGUUGGAUUAUAUUACUGAGGAAUGAACUGAGAUGAUUAUUUGGAAGUGUUAUUUAAUGGCAUAUCGUACUAGAAAUUUGAAGACCUGCAGUAGAUUUUAAUCCCAACUCUUGUUAUAACAUUUUUAAGAGAUUGUGAAAUUGUCAAAAUGCACAUUAAUCAAGUUUUAGUAUACUGUAUGAUGGGUAGAUGAGACUGUCCAUUGUACCUUAUUUCGUUAUUUCAAUUCUCAGGCAUGGUUUUGGCAGUGCAAGAACCCUGUAACGUUAACAAAUUCAAUAAAAUGGAAAUGUAUAUGGA